CUUCAACAAAUUUCAUAAAUUAACUGACAAAAUGUCUAAUAAAUUCUUAUAUUUUGCAUACGGAAGUAACAUGUUAACAGGAAGAAUACAUAUUAAUAAUCCAACUGCAGUACGAAAAGAUAUCGGAUUUUUAAAGAAUUUCAGAUUAGAUUUUAUAACACACUCAAAGAGAUGGGGUGGAUGUUCAGCAACAAUUGUUCCUACAGAAAAUUAUAUUGUAUGGGGAGCAGUUUGGGAAUUAGAUGAAUGUAAUAUGUAUACAUUAGAUAAUCAAGAAGGUGUAGCAGAUAAAUUAUAUUUCCCUUUAAUGGUUGACAUAGAAACACUUACUGGUAAAAUAUUUAAAUGCAGAGUGUAUCAGCAAUGUAACAAUCCUGAUAAAAAUGUAAAAUUGUGUUUGCUACCAAAACACAGGAGACCUUCACCAUUGUAUUUAGAAACAAUAUUAAAAGGUGCACAUGAAAGUCAAUUACCACUUGAUUAUAUUAAACUCUUACAAAAAAUACCGCAUAAUGAAUAUGCAGGAGAAUAUGACAUUGGCCUUCCCUUGAAAGAAGUCUAGAUUUAACGAUCUUAUGCUUCUUUAAACGUUUCUGGACAGCUGGCUCAUUCUGUAUUAAAUCAAGAGCUGUCUCAAGUGAUAAUUUAUCUACUUCAUACUUGGGUAUUUUAAUCUUUGUGCAAAACCCAUUAUUUAUCUAAUAGUAUACAGAAUGGUGUAGCAUUAAUAAUGUGUUUAUAUAAAAUUAUACAUAGUAUUAAAUAAAGUACUUUGAUUUCUAAGAA